AAGAAGAAGCAUACACAAUCCAAAUCAUCUGGUAUUUACGCGUGCAUUAAAACUUUUAUUUUCAUAUACACCUUUUUAGAAAAAGUUCCUCCUGUUAAAAUUCUCAGUAAAAGAAAUUCCAAAUGUUUUCCUUGUUAACUAAAGUGAGAGCCGUGGUUCGACCAAAGUUUGCAACACCAUUGCGUUUCGUACAAAGUGAACCUAAAGAGUAUAAAGAAUUUCCGGCCCCAACUCGUGUCGAGAAAUCUGUUAAUACUGUCACUUUAUUGGGACGAGUAGGAGCUGAUCCCCAAUUAAAAGGCACUACGGAUCAUCCCGUUGUUGUAUUUUCCGUAGCAACUCAUACAAAUUAUAAAUAUGAAUCUGGUGACUGGGCGCAACGUACCGAUUGGCAUCGUAUAAUAGUUUUUCGCCCAAAUUUACGUGAACUAGUUAUGGAGUACUUAAAGAAAGGACAACGUACCAUGAUUCAGGGUAAAAUAACUUACGGCGAAAUAAAAGAUCAGGAAGGCAAUCAAAAGCCUAGUUGCAGUAUUGUGGCCGAUGACAUAAUUUUCUUUCGCGAGACGUAGCAAGAUUUUUUAUUUUUUGCAAAUCAUAAGCUAAAAGUACAACAAAAGCAUUUUUUUGUAAAUAAACGUAUGUAAUAAGCUACAUAAACUCAUUGACUGCUAGGUAAGGCUUUUCAUCUUUUACUAUAGCGUUACUGAAAUAAAAGAAAAAAAAAGAACAUUU